AUGCCCGCCGGGCACCCUGAGCAGGCAGUGGCGGCUCCUACAGCGAGCGGGGCCGGUGGGGCUCAGCCGGCACCUGCCCUGCUCUGCUCUCAGAACACGGCCCCCCCUGCUCCUGUCUCCGCCGCUGGCGCUCCCGCGGGGGCCCAAGCAGUUGCCUUGAACCACGCAGUGACUAAGGUUCCCAUCAGCCUGGUGCCUGGCGUUACCCAGCAGUCACGGGUGGUGACUGCCCCCGUGGGGACUCUGGUGGCUAAAGUGGCCACUGUCACCGCUGCCCAGCAGCCACCCAAGAACUCUGGUGGGCCUAGGCUGGCUGCUCCUCAAAGCGUGGCUCCCAAAGCCCCCCAGACCACUACAAUACAACUGCCUGCAAACUUCCAGAUCCCACCAGGUACAGUUCUUAUCCGAAGUAACAAUGGUCAACUAAUGUUAGUAUCUCAACAAGCAAUAGCUCGAGCACAGAGCCAGACACAAAAUAAUACAGGUGCAAGACCAUCAAUACCUACCAGCACACCUUCAGUCAGAAUAUGUACUGUACAGAACACUGGCACCCAUUUACUAAAAAAAGUAGUAGCAACUCCUGUGAAAACAGUAACUCAAACAACGAAUUCAGUUGUAUCUCCUGAUCAAAGACCUGCUAUAGUACAGCCAGCAGGUAUAACUAACAGUGUUACGACAGUUACUGCUGUAAAACCUCCGGGUACUGGAACACCUGUAAAGCUUCCAGUUACAGGACCUCCUGCACCAUCUGUCUCCCAAAAGGCAAUCUCUGUCAAAGCAGAGGGCACAACAGUAGCACAUCCCAACACUUCCACAGAAAUGCUAGAGAAUGUGAAGAAAUGCAAGAAUUUUCUUGCAACAUUAAUAAAGCUGGCAUCUAGUGGACCUCAAGCCCCAGAAAUGGGACAGAAUGUGAAGAAUCUGGUACAACAUCUAUUGGAAGCAAAAAUUGAACCAGAAGAAUUUACAAAAAAGCUGUAUGUUGAACUCAAGUCUUCUCCACAACCAUAUCUAGUUCCUUUCCUCAAGAAAAGUAUGCUUGCCCUACGGCAGCUAAUGCCCAAUGCCCAGAGUUUUAUCCAGCAGUGUAUUCAGCAGCAGGCUACAACCCAAGCAGCUGUUUCUACCUGUAUCUCUGCAGCACCAACUUCCUCCACAGUCAUGACCACCUCAGCUCUGGGAACAACCUCCCUUCAGCCCAUAAAACCAGUCCCUUCUUCUGCAGUGGUCACAGGCUCUCAGACUGUAAAACCAGUCCCCUCCACAAUGGUGACAGCAGCAGCAGCCUCCCUCCAGACUGUGAAACCAGUGACAGCCCCUCUUCAACCUGCAAAUCCAGUCCCCACGUCUGCAGUGGCAACAACCUCUCUCCAGGCUGUGAAACCUGUCUUUGCAUCUGCAGUGGCGACCACGACAACCCCUCUUAAGCCUAUGAAAUCAGUCAUUGGGACACCUAUCAGUAUUAAAAUUACACAGCCCAGCUCUAUUGUGGCACAGUCAGUCCAUGCUCAACAGGCAGUUAGAGUGAAACAGCUGGUAGUCCAGCAGCCAUCAGGAGGCAUUGUUAAACAAGUGGCCACGCUUCCACAAACAGCAACACUGACUCUCCAGAAACCUGGCGAAAAAAGGAUGCCAUUAAAUGCACUAAUUCAGACUAACCAGUUUCCUGCAGGUUCCUUUCUGAAACAAAUUACACUGCCAGGAAACAAAAUUCUGUCGCUUCAAGCAUCUCCUGUUCAGAAAAGUAAAAUAAAAGAGAAUGGAACAACAGCCUUCAGAGACGAAGAUGACAUCAAUGAUGUGACUUCUAUGGCUGGAGUCAACCUAAGUGAAGAGAAUGCAUGCAUCUUGGCAACAAAUUCUGAAGUGGUCGGUACACUGAUCCGAUCUUGUGCAGAUGAGCCAUUUCUCUCCUCAGAGGCUUUGCAAAAGAAGAUCUUAGACAUAGGUAAAAGGCAUGACAUUAUGGAACCUAACUCUGAUGUUGUGAACUUGAUCUCCCAUGCUACACAGGAGAGAUUACGAGGGCUCCUAGAAAAACUGACUGUAAUUGCUCAGCAUCGAAUGACAACCUAUAAGGAGAGUAAUAAGUAUAUCAUAUCUAGUGACACCAGAGCACAACUUAAAUUUCUUGAGAAGUUGGAUCACAUGGAAAAACAGAGGAAGGAUGAAGAGGAACGAGAAAUGCUUUUACGAGCAGCCAAGAGUCGUUCCAAUAAAGAAGAUCCAGAACAGCUGCGAUUAAAGCAGAAAGCGAAAGAGAUGCAACAGUUGGAGCUGGCACAGAUGCAACAAAGAGAAGCCAAUCUCACAGCUUUGGCAGCGAUUGGGCCAAGGAAAAAAAGACCACUGGAUUCACCAAACCUUGGAUCUGGGCUUGAGCAGGUCACCAUGAACGACAUCACUCUGCUGAGGAUUUCUGAAACCGAGAAAGACUGCAUGCUGCGUGAAAGCCAGCAAAAUCCAGGGCCGUAUGCCGCCAUGCUCUGCAAGGCAAUGAUCCCAGAGUACUUGAUGAUAGCCUGGCGCGGAAAAGUUUCCUACCACGGAGGACACAAUAAGGCCACUCUCCCCAGGAACCACAUGCAAAGGCUUUCCAAUUACCUCCAGGACAGCUUCGUGGAGAUGUCCCAUGAGGAUUUCAGCUCUAUCCCCGGACAUAUAGACCUUAUUUUCCAGUAGCUGCACUGGCAAGGACUAAAAAUUAGAGUGCCUAGGGCAAAGUAAUCAUGAUAAACUGGACGAUGUUAGAUUCUUUUGCAGUAGUUGCACUGCCAAGGACUAAAACGUUAAGCGCCUAGGGCAAAGUA